UUUCCGGGUCACGUGAGCGGGCGGAGCCGGUAGGAGCCGGCCGGCCGGACGGACCGAGGCCGUAGGACCGACCGAUACCGGCCAAGGUACUGUGGCCGAACGGGCCUCUUCCCCUGCUCAGCCCGGGAGAUGCGUUAGCCUCAGGCCGACGAGGGGAACGAGUUCGAGGCGACCCUACCCCUCCGGCUCCAUGGCGAGUGGCCGGGGCUUGGGGCUGCUCCUAGUGCUGGCUUUGCAGCCGCCGCACCGGGUCCUGGGGCAAACUAUUCUGGCAUCUGUGGAUCCUAGAGCAAAUAACAGCACCUCUCAACCUGAGGGCCUGUCCCAGGAGGCCGUGAUAGCCAUCAGCGUAGUGUUCUCUUUGCUGGGGCUGCUGCUGCUGGCCAUGGGCCUGUACUUCCUGGGGCAGAAACUGCGGGAGAAGCGGCAGACGGAGGGCACCUACCGGCCAAGCAGUGAGGAGCAGUCAUCCCACGCCGAGGCCCGCGGCCCCGAGGACUCGAAGGCAAAAGCUGCCAGGUGUCUGCCAUGCUAGGGCUGGGGCUCCACGAAGCCUGGAUCCCCAGGCUGGGCCCUGCAUUGCCACCCUUGGUAGGGGAAGGAAGUGGGGGGGGGGUGGCCACUGGGAGAAGUGGGCAAAUGUACCCUGCUCAGUUCCUCCUACUUUCAUACUGGUGGCCUUUUCUGUGUGACUUUGGGCCAACCCUCUCACUUCUCUGGGCUUCUUUCUCCAGCUGUCACCAUCCCUCCCCUCUCCCCACCCCCUUCCCCUCCAACUCUCUUAAGAGCACAGGAGGGUAGAACUCACUGUAAGCCUAGUAUUCUUGCAACUUCUCCCCAGGUGCUCCCCCACUCUCCCCGAGCCAACCUAGACCCCUGCCAGCCUCUCCCCCUCUCUCCUCCUGCCGGACUCGGCCUGGGGGACUGUUGGGGAGUGGGGCAGAGGGCAGGACCUCUUGUAUUUUUAUAUAUAUAUUAUAUAUAUAUAAAGGACAGUGGCUGUGCUGUCAAAUGAAA